AUGAGCAAUCGAAAAUUUCACGUCAUCAUAGUGGGCGCGUCGAUCGCGGGCCUGACUCUCGCUCACUGUCUUUCCAGCGCCAAUGUCGACUUCACAAUUCUGGAGGCCAGGGCCAGUCAGAUCACUCAGGGCACUGGGCUCGUACUGCAGCCAAACGGGGCCCGGAUUCUGGACCAAUUGGGGUUGUAUGAUAAGGUACUGCGCCAGGCAGAGCGCAUCGUGUCGUACACAACAUAUCUCGACAGUGGGCGCCUCCUACUAGACAUUGACACACGGCACAUAACUUCUCGGCGGACGGGCUAUCCGCUCUCCAUCAUCUCACGGCAAGCAUUAUUGAGUAUCCUCUUCGACCACCUUCCUCGCCAAGACCGCAUCCGCUUCAACCAGAAGGUUAUUCGAGUGGCUCCAUCGGCCAGGGAAGUUACUGUCCACACCGCCGAUGGUUCACGACUCUCUGGGGAUAUAGUGGUUGGGGCAGAUGGUGUACACUCCAUUGUACGCUCGCAGAUGUGGCAAUACAUCCAAUCCAACAGACGCGCUGCUCGGUUUGUUCUGGCGAGGGAGGUACCUCUGAAAACAUCGUUUGCUGGAGUCUUUGGCACUGCCAACCCUGUCGCAGGACUCAAAACGGGCGUAGUCUACCGUACAUUUGGAGCUGGAUGGGUAAUGCUCAUCAUGGUUGGCAAAGAUGCACAAGUUUUCUGGUUCAUCUCCAUAGCAUGGCCGCAUUCGAGUCGGCAGGCUUGGAGACGUCAGCAAGGGAAGACGAGCGUUGCACCACUCCUGGCAUCAUUCCUCGACAAACAUGUAUCCAGUGAGGUCACCUUCGGGGAGCUAUAUGACCGCACAAAUUCGUUCACGUUCGUUCCGCUCGAGGAGUCUUUCCAGAAUCAAUGGUCAGCAGGCCGAUUUGCAUGUAUAGGGGACGCGACGACUCCCAACGUAGGGCAAGGGGCGAAUUGUGCCAUGGAGACAGCUGCUUCCCUUGGAAAUUACAUCAUGCUAGCCAGCAGAACCGAUGCUCCCUGGACGGAAGCCUAUCUGGAGUCACGAUUACAGACUUGGGAGAACGACCACAGAGGUAGAAUGAGGCUGUUCUCGUGGGUAUCGCAGUCAGUCGCACGCGUGGAGGCAGGUAGUAACUGGUGUCUGAGACUUCUCCGAUCUUACUUCAGUUACUACCAUGCCGCAAUGGGCAUUGCCCUUCUCGGUGAUCUAACCCCACAAACGGCACGAGUACAGCAUCUUCCUUUACCUUCGCGACGAACAGCUGAUCCAAAGAGUCGGAGUGAUCCACAGGAGAGGAGAUGGAGUGUUUGGUUCUCAGGAUUGCCUGUUGUGUCAACCAUGAUUGUGGCAUUGCUAUUCAUUGUCCAGUCGCUCACAAGACCAAAGGAUGGUGGAGUAGAUUAG